AAGCGAAGCGACACAAGGAACAGGGAUUUUAUAAUCACAACAUCAAAGGCAGCGCAAUGAACGCCAGAAUGGGAUUUAUUUUAUUUUUCUUAAACUGCACAAUUACUCCAGGGUUCUCCGCCAGAGUCACGGCUAGUGGGGCAACCACUGCGGUCUUUGGACAAGAAGCAUACUUAUCCUGUUCUCUCUCUGAAACUGAUGGCGUUUCACAAGUCACAUGGCAGAGACGCUUAAAAGAUAACACUGUGGAAAACCUGGCCACCUUCAGCAAACGUUUUGGAGCUAAAGUCAUGGAGCCAUACGUCAGCAGGAUAAAUUUCACAGAAGCGUCACUCAACUCCACGUCAAUCACAAUCAAGGAUGUGACUUUUGCGGACGAAGCCUGCUAUAUUUGUUCUUUUAAUGUGUAUCCCACUGGAUCUAUACGGAAGCAAACCUGCAUCACGGUUCAAGGAAUAUUCGGAGCGAAAGCCCACAUCGACGAGGCUUCAUCGGACGUUGUCAGUUGUUCCGGUACGGGUAAACCUGCCCCAGAAGUUACAUGGAAUUCAACAGCGGAUUUUACUGCUGUACGCACGGACCAACAGGUUUCCAAUGCAGACGGAACAUUCACAGUCAACAGCACACUCCGCUUGUCAGGCUACUCUGGCAGAAGCAUAGACUGUUUCCUGAGCAGUCCUGUGAUUACGAUGAAAAGAUCAGUUCAUUUGCCUGGAAUUGUGCCACCAGACAAAGAUGGACAUUCUGCCUCUUUGCCGUGGAUAAUAAUACUAGUACUUGUAAUUACGUCUGCUGUCAUCGGCAUUGCGUUCACGCUCAGGAGAAAAAAAGGUGACAAGAAUAAAAAAUACAAGGAGAAAGAUGGCCUGAUAUUUUGCCAGGAUUGUGGCGUAUGACUUAUCUUCUCAUCCUUCUUUUUAAGCCACUUGCGGAGACUACUCAUCCAAUGGCAGGGCACUGCUGGCCCGGGGGUCCAGUUGUAUUGCAGUCUUCGUUUGAGAGGAGAAGAACAGAACUUAGCAGACACAUCCAUCGAUACCGGAGCUACCAGUUCAGAUCGCCAUGGAAAUGUUUUGUGUCUCCAUGAAGAUGUUAGUUUUUUAAGAAAACACAAUCAUCAAGUCUAUUUUAUGCAGUCUCAAGCCUGCAAUCAUUUCAGUCACAAGAAUGCAAUUCUAAAAGGGGACAUUGGAGAUGCUAUGCCCUGCAGAAUCGAUGGAUAUAUGCAGAAGUUGAUAUAAAACUUUUACAAGUCCUAUUCAUCCCUUCCCAUUUAGGUACCCAUUGCGCAUGAUCUCAUGCCAAAAAGCCCCAUAGUUAAAUAUGGCAGCCUCCAUGAAUUGGCUUCAACAGCGCCAUUGAGCAGCUUCCAUAAGAAUGCAUGGAACUGGUCAUCGGAAGCUGUUUCCAGUUCUUGUAUCUCGAUGGUUCAUGCACUGCUGGCUCGUGAGUGACUUCUUCCUGGGAAACUUGUCAUUAUUAUAUUAUAUUAUUAUAUUAUUCAAAUUGACUCCAGGGAUUGGUGGAACUGAGGCCAGUCUCUUCACAGGAAAAUUACAAACCUACUCCUCAAAAAAACUUUUGGGGUAAAGACGAAAUUCUGUAUAAUUUUACCAAAUAUCUCUGUUGACCUUGUAUGCAGAAGAGCAUACCUAAACUUUACUUUAAGGUUUACUGAUGUACCUUUCUAUAUUUAACAGAAUAUCUCCAAAAAGUGCAUGUGCAAUUUACAAUAUAAAAAACAGAGUAUAUCAUUUUGCCAUUAGUUUUAUAUAUUGACAUAAAAGAAUCACAUUGAACCAUUUUGUGCAAUAUCUUUAUAAGAUGGAGAGAUACUGAUAUAUUUUUAAUGAAUGUAUACUUUAUUCAGUCUUGCAUAAGCUUUGUUAUUGUAUAGAAGAGACAAAAUGUUAAAGAAAGGAUUAUAAAAUAACUGCUUGGGUGGAUAUUUUCAAUCAAUUUAAUCUUACAUUGCUCCUUCACCAGUUAUCUUUAACCUGCACUGUUGCACUUUGGACUUAACUUAUAGCCUACUGUUUAUAGCCCAUUGGUCAAGUUAGCAAUUUAGUUUGAAUUUGUUACAUAACAUACUAUUUUUGUGCCAAUGUUAUCAUAUUAUUUCUGUUUCUUAUUGCUGCUGUAAUGUAAAAAAAUGUUUUUGUUAUGAUAUGUUGCUAUGAUAUAUUGUGUGUUGAUUACAAAUGACAGUUGUCUGUUCAAAUUAA